AUGGCUGCUUCAAGAACAGGAGUCCAAUCUAUGAAAGAUUACUUGAAGAAGUAUGAAAGUAGUGAUGUUAUAGAUAAGAAAAAGAAGAAGAAGAAGAAGCCAUCCAAACCUGAACCAAGAGGUGUUUUAGUUGUGGACGAAGAUCCAGUUUGGCAAAAGCAGGUUGAUCCUGAAGAGGAAGAAAAUGAAGAUGAUUCAGCAGAGGAAAGGCCUGUGGUUAAUGAGGACAUUGAAGUCAAGAGAAUGAGGAGGUUGGAGGAAGGUAGGGCAAGACGUGCUCAAAAUGCCAUUGCUGAGGAUGGGAGUGGGUGGGUGACGUUUUCUCCAAAGCGUGAUGACGCAAGAUCUAAUAUUUCUCCUCCGCGUAGACAAAGGACACGUAACGACUCGCCAUCUCCUGAGCCUGGUCCUGGACGCUCGGUUUCGGAUAGAGCUGAAACAGAUAUGUCACCACCACGUCGGAGGAAACGUCAUCAUACGCCUUCACCUGAACCUAGCAGAAACCAUGCCAAGCCUGUUGCUUUGGAUUCUGAUUUGUCACCACCUCGGAAAAGAAAGUCCAGGAAUGAUUCACCUUCACCAGAACCUAAAGAUAAAGUCCCCAGAAAUCGGAGUGGAGAUCUAUCUCCUCCUCGGAGGAAGAGACAUGUUACUCCUCCAUCUCCUGAAUCAAGCAGAAAGCGUUCAGAUUCUGUUGAGUCUGAUAAUGAUUUAUCCCCGCCUCGCAGGAAAAAGGAUUUACAUGCCUCAGAUGUGAAAAAGAAGAGCAAUGAUCUUUCUCCUCCACGCAGAAGACGAUAUCAUUCUCCAUCACCUGAACCGAGUAGACGGCCUUCAAAAUCUUUUGGCUCGAACUCUGAUUUAUCUCCACCCCGCAGGAAUACGAGUGUGAAGGGCUCUCGAGACUCAGAUCUUUCACCACAAAGAAAAACCGUGGAUCCUCGAAGAUCUUCUGAAAAUGCGUCCAGGAGUUCCAAUUUUGAUAUCUCUCCCCCUAGGAGACCACGCAGAGAGUCUCCACCUCCUCAAACAAGCAAGGAGCAACGAAGGACUGGAUUAAUUAGUGGCAAAGACAUUGGAAGCGAAUUUCGAAAGAAAAAGGAGGAUGAACAACUGAGGUUUAAAAAUAUGGACUCCGAGCUAACUGGUCAGAAUGCAGAAGCAGUGUUCCGUGACAAGAUGACAGGGAAGCGUAUAUCAAAGGAGGAAUAUCUUAAAUCAAAGGAAAAGAAAAAGGAAAAGCCAAAGGAGAUAAAACUGGAAUGGGGCCAAGGUUUAGCUCAGAAGCGUGAAGCUGAAGCUAAACUAGAGGAACUUGAGCUUGAGAAGGACAAGCCAUUUGCUCGGAGCAGGGAUGAUCCAGAGCUUGAUAAAAUGAUGAAGGAAAGGGUUAGAUGGGGAGAUCCAAUGGCUCAUUUGGUCAAGAAAAAGCAGCACGAGACAUCUCUCGUGGAUCUUGGAGAUGACGAGAGGAUGAAAGAAUCUGGGUUUGUUAUACCACAGAGUAUCCCCAAGCACAGCUGGUUAACAAGAGGAUUAGAAGCUGCAUCUAAUCGGUAUGGAAUCAAACCGGGAAGACAUUGGGAUGGAGUUGAUCGCAGUACCGGAUUUGAAAAGCAAAUGUUUAAGAAGUCAAAUGAGAAGCAAGCAACGGAAAGGGAAGCGUACCUUUGCAACACAGGAGGUGUAGAUGAAGGUAGAGCAGGAUAUUUCUUCUUCUCCGGCAAACAAGACCUUGAAAACCUCCGGAACGUUACAAGGUUUCCGGUGAUACUUGACUGGAACAUGAAAGAAACUUGCCACACAAGCUAUUGUGGAGAGAACACUUAUACUUCUCAUAAGAGAACAGGGUAUUCCUGA